AGGGGCAGUUGGCGUCCCAGAGCAUUGCAGGGAGGGACGGCAGCGAGUGGGGAGGGCUGCUGUGAGGUUCCCAAGCAGAAAGCCACUCUCUCCCCCGCUUCUCUUCUCCCUCAGGCGAAACUUCAUCUGGGAACAAUCAAGAGUUCGACGACGACGACGACGACGAGGCGUACAGCUUCGGCAGCGGCUUGUAUUAGGCAUCCGGUGCGCGGCGCGCCUCAGGGCUCGCCCCUUUCCCAUGUGAGGCGCGCGGAGCAGAAAGGGCAGCGCAAGGGCGCAGCAGGCAGCAAGGAGGGCGCAGCAGGGGGCUCCAGCCCUGCCGAGGGAGCGGCUGCGACGCCAACGCCGCCGCCAUGGAGGGGAGUCCCAUCCCUGUGCUCACCAUCCAGACGGUCCCGUACGAGGACCAGAGGCCGACGGGAGGCGGGGGACUGCGCAGGGACACGGCCGUCUUCGAGGGCCAGCGCAACUACCUGCCCAACUUCGUGCAAAGCGUCCUCUCCUCCAUUGACCUGCGCGACCGGCAGGGCUGUACCAUGGUGGUGGGCAGUGACGGCAGGUACUUCAGCAGGACGGCCAUCGAGGUGGUGGUGCAGAUGGCGGCAGCCAACGGGAUUGGAAGAUUGGUUAUUGGUCAGAAUGGCAUCUUAUCCACCCCUGCUGUAUCAUGCAUUAUCCGAAAAAUCAAAGCAGCUGGUGGGAUUAUUCUGACAGCUAGUCACUGUCCUGGAGGACCUGGAGGAGAAUUUGGAGUUAAGUUUAAUGUUGCCAAUGGAGGACCAGCUCCAGAUGUGAUUUCUGAUAAAAUCUACCAGAUAAGCAAAACUCUUGAAGAAUAUGCCAUUUGUCCUGACCUGAGAAUUGACUUAUCUCGGUUAGGAAGACAAGAGUUUGAUCUGGAGAACAAAUUCAAGCCUUUCCGAGUUGAGAUAAUAGACUCUGUAGAAGUCUAUCUUAAUCUUCUGAGGACUGUCUUUGACUUCAGUGCAAUCAGAGGCAUGCUAACAGGGCCAAAUCAGCUGAAGAUCAGGAUUGAUGCCAUGAAUGGAGUGAUGGGUCCCUAUGUCCGGAGAAUCCUGUGUGAUGAACUGGGAGCUCCUGCUAAUUCUGCAGUAAACUGUGUUCCUCUGGAGGAUUUUGGUGGCCAGUAUCCUGACCCAAACCUGACACAUGCAACUUCUUUGCUGGAAGCAAUGAAAGGAGGAGAGUAUGGAUUUGGAGCUGCUUUUGAUGCUGAUGGGGACCGCUAUAUGAUCCUAGGUCAAAAUGGAUUUUUUGUGAAUCCUUCAGAUUCGCUGGCCAUCAUUGCUGCCAAUCUCUCUUGCAUUCCAUAUUUCCGUCAGAUGGCCGUGCGAGGGUUUGGGAGGAGUAUGCCUACCAGCACUGCAUUGGACAGGGUGGCAAAAUCCAUGAAAGUUCCUGUGUAUGAAACGCCAACAGGCUGGAGGUUCUUCUCAAAUCUGAUGGAUUCUGGUCGAUGCUCACUCUGUGGAGAAGAAAGCUUUGGCACUGGAUCUGACCACAUCCGAGAAAAGGAUGGACUUUGGGCUGUCCUAAUUUGGCUCUCAAUCAUGGCAGCCCGAAAUCAGAGUGUGGAAGAGAUUGUCAGAGAGCACUGGACAAAAUUUGGCCGUCACUACUACUGCAGAUUUGAUUAUGAAAAACUGGAUCCUAGAACAGCGUACUUCAUAAUGAGGGAUCUGGAGGCUUUGAUCACUGACAAGUCUUUCAGUAAUCAACAGUUUGCUGUUGGAAGCAAUGUCUACAGUGUGCAAAAAGCAACCAGCUUUGAAUAUGUGGAUCCCGUAGAUGGCACUGUGACCAAAAGACAGGGGCUGAGGAUAAUUUUCUCAGAUGCAUCCAGGCUCAUCUUCAGAUUAAGUGCUUCUAGUCAUGUGCGAGCCACCCUCAGGAUCUAUGCAGAGAGCUAUGAAAAGGACCCUGGUAAACACAACAAGGAGCCACAGGCUGUCCUGAGUCCUCUCAUAGCAAUUGCACUGAAAAUAUCUCAGAUUCACGAGAGGACAGGUCGCAAAGGUCCUACUGUUAUCACCUGAACCAAGGAAGGAUCUCUAACCCCGGGCCAAAAAUGAGAGUGCAAGAGAGAAAGAAGACCUUGCCAGAACACAUCAUCUGUUUGUGCCUUAUGUUAGUCUACGGGUUUGGGGGGAGGGGGAGAAUUCAGUGCUGAUCAUAUUCAUCUUCCUUGUUCUGCUCAGAUGGCAGUGCAUUUAUUUCUGUACUAUGGCUUCAAUAUCUUCUUAUACACAAAAAUAACCAACAAGAAAGCUCCCUUAUAUCAAGACUCAGUUAUUACAAAAUGCCAGCAUGUAAGAAAAGAAUCUAGUGUUCUCCAUCUUGUGCUUGGGAUUUGCAAAGCAGCCAUAGGCCGCAUGCAAACUUCCUUGGACUUUAGUGCAGUGCAUAGGCCCUUCUUAGUAUAUUGAGAAUCUCAGUUUUAAGUUUUGAACACAAAGCUCUUAUGGUGGCUACGCUAAGUCUGCAAAUGUAAAACAGUACUUUCAAAAGUCCCUGAAAGAAAAUAAUUAAACUCUUUUGGUUAUCCUCUGUUUUCUAAACCCAUAGUGUGAUGGGCUGAUUGAUUAUUUUGAACUAGAAAUAACAGUGCUCUUGGUCUCUCCAGCUGCUGAGAGAAAGCUUGUCAUGCUACCAAGGUUCCAGAAAUGUUGCCCUCCAUAUAAAAUGCCACACACAACACAGUGUCAAAAUAAUGUAGCUCAUGUGCCAAAACUGCAAGUAUGCGUGUUUCUCUAGCCCCUGCUUGCUAGUCUACUAAUUUGCAUGUUUACUUGAAAAUAACUCCCACUGAGUUCAGUAAGAUGCACAUGGAAAUGUGCAUAGUUUUACUGCUUUAAACUGAGAUUUUGUGUAAUUGAUUAUUAUUGCCCAAACUUAAUCUACCAGCCAAAGUUGCACAAAUCGUAAGUCAGUCGAUGCCUGAUGCAUUACAUUCUUGUACACUUCAUGUCAGUAAGACAUUUGCAUUUAAAAAGUGGAGGGCAAAAAAUCACUAUAAUGCAACCCCCAUGUUGGCAAGCAACUUUUGUGUUCUGCUCUUGUCUGCAACAUUAUUUACAAAUUCCCACCAUCACAAACGUGUUGCUCAUGUGGCUUAUAUGCUUGCAAUGAAAAGGUUGCAAUGAUGCGUUCCCAUCCCAUCCCUCCCUGUAAACCUGCCAGUUUGACAUCUCUGCAUUUUCCUAAAUUUUAAUUUUAAGGAGUUAACUGUUCUAUUAAACAAUAUUGAAGGAAACUUCCUUUUCUUAGUAUACAUCUGCUGCAGCUGCUUUGGCAGAGAUCCAUAGCUUCUUCUUUUUUGAAGGAACUGUUAGAGCCCUCCCCUGCUUCUUUAAAAAAAAAAAAAAAAGAGCUGUUAUGAAUUAGAUUCAACGCCUAUCUCUCAAUGUGUUCCACUUUUCUACAGAUGAGUGCCCAUUGGCAGAGUCAAACUUUUACACUGGAAGGGUAUUCUGAUUCCUUUAAAAAUCCAGUAUCUAGGUUCAAAAUAAUAGGUCUGAAAUAUAUCUACAUGGAGAGUUAAGUUUUUGUGCACAUACUUGGCACUUCACUUUGGUUAUACUUGGCCCUGUGUUCUAGAUAUAUAAGAGCAUGAUAACAGAACACUCCAUUUAGUGACAUCCCUGCCAUAAUGUUUAUGACUUUCCUCUGCAUUAUAAACCCAGGAAUAGGACUCUAAAGAAAUCUAGGAUACUAUUCACCGAGUCUCUGGGAAAUAUUAAAACUCCUGUAAAGCAUCUCCAUGUGUUAUGUUCACAUGAUUCCUUUCAAAAGCCAGCAGAAUUUUGAAAAUGACCCCUAGCAAUCAGGUAACAUUUCUUCUUAGAUGCUUUUGCGAGCUCAUUGAAAAGCCUUCAGUAACCCUGAGACUUGCAUCAGAAACAAUCCUUAAAGAAACAUCUUAAAGAGCUACCUUAGAGCAGGUGAUUUCCAGCAGAACCCAACCCUCACUCUGCUGACUGCAGCUUUGUUUUGGCUCUUCUCAGUGUGCGGGGACUACAGGAACGAUGUGGCAGCCAUUUAAGCCCCUGGACCUUUUUCCAGAGCCAUUUAUAUUGCAGCAGUAGUCUGGUUCUUUUCUUGAUACUUAGUGUGGGAGGGGGUUGGAAAAGAGGAGGAGAAUGAGUGUAGAAGCAAGAAGGCUUCAUUAAAAAUGUGUUAGAGUUACUUAACACUAAAGUGAUUUGUGCUUUUCAUUUUUUGCAGAAUCCUAGUUAAAGGAAUAUCAGCCUUCUUUUUCAAAGGGCUUCCUUUAACUAGAGUGCACUGUAGCUUGAUGUGGCAGAUAGGAAUGUUGUGGUUGUGAGUUUUACUGGGGCAGAAUAGCACUCAAGAGGGACUCUCUCUCCCUAAUGAAACAUCAGCUGUGGUUGUCCUUGAACGAUAAUGAACUGAUUGUUUUAGAAGUACAUCUCUUAUUCACUUAGCUUCCUGAAAACCUGCCGGAUGCUUUAUCAGAGGGUGAUAGAAGAAAUCAAGGAAUAGAUGAGGCAGAGGAGGGUACAAUAAAUGAUUCUUGUGCUCUAACGAAGACACAUGAUACUGAAAUGAUAACAAGUACUCCUUGUGCAUGAGAUUCAUUUGAAUGUUUUUCUUCUUUGGGAACAGAGGUGAGGCUGCUUGUCAUUUGUUGAGAUGGCUUUUGUGCAAUCUGAUACUUUUGUAACCUAGUACAAUUCAUUGCGAUGGUCAAGUGCAAUGUUAGGGUCAUUGUGCUUAAAAAACAGAUUUGGUUUCUUUUGAUAUUUGUCAAAACUUGCUAUGACAUUUAUUAAAUUUGGAAUGCUAUAUUUAUGCCUUGCAUGACAUUACUGAUAAUAGGCACAGCUCGCUCUAAUACAACACAAGCUUUUUUUUAGCUGUGUCAAAGUAAAUGAGGCACUGAUUGUUUCCUUUCUUCUAAAAACACUGUGUUCUAUUGCAGUAUUAUUAAAUAUCUUUUUCUAAAUCAA